AUGAUUACUCACUUACCUAAAGAGAUUAUUGGACAAAUCUUCGACUCAAUUCCUGUGGAUGUGUUGUACGAUAAGUUUGUUCGUCCCUAUGGAGGUAAUUUCAAUGGGUAUCAGAUGAUGGCGUUGGAAAGAAUCUCACAAUUGAUAAUCAUUAGAAAUGGUGCAAAAGAUAUUAAUUAUGAUCCAAUGGCUCAUUUUUAUCCCUCCCUGUCAUACCUCGAGAUCAUUGAUUAUUACCAGGGAUAUUAUCUUUUGAAGAAGAUUCUAAGUAUCAAGAGACCUUCAGGGAAAGAGAGUAACAAAACACCUUUUUUGAAAGAAGUAGGGUUCUAUUUCCAUUAUAAACCUCAAUAUACUGUAGACCAAAUAAGUUAUCAGAUCAAAUAUCUUCUUCUAAUGUUUGAAAUGUUGGCCUUGGAUACUUCUUACUUGAAAUCAGUGAGAAUUUCUGUUCAAAUGAUCUUUGAUUGUCCUUGGGCACCAUCUGUGGGGAAAGAUAUGGCGAAAAUCCCCGAUCGUAUAAAUGGAUUCAAUCAUAAAAUCAAUAAAUUGUUAGUUCAAAACAGACAUAACAUCGGAACCUCCAAACCUUUCCUUAACCUUUCUAAGUUCGAUAUCAUUGAUGAACUUCGAUUAUAUAAUGAUAGGAUCAAUGAUCGAGAAUUGAGGAAACUAAAUUAUUUGUCAAAUUUGCCAUUUUUACGAAUUUUGGAUUUGACAGGAAAUUUCAUCGAUAAGAUUGAUCAUGUUCCAACAUUACCCCGAUUAAAGAAACUUAUAUUGAAUGCUAAUAAUUUAAGGAAACUUGAACCGGGAUUCUCUUUAACUAAGACUACUCAUAUUAAGAAUUUUAAGGAUUUGGAAGUGUUGGAAGUUAGUGUUAAUGGAUUAGAAUCUUUAAAGAAUGUUAAAUUCCCUAGUAAUUUGAAAAUACUAAGACUUGCUUAUAAUAGAAUAUCAACUAUAGAUUUUGUGUUACCACCAAAACUUGAGGAGUUGAAUUUAUCAAGUAAUCUUCUUUCUAAUGUUAAUGGAGUUAUGUUACCUCCAACUAUGAAGAAGUUACUUUUGAGUAAUAAUCAGUUUGAGGAAUUUCCUGAUGAUUUCUUUAGUGGAACUCAAUUACAAUCGCUUCUUGUGGAUAGUAACAGUAUUAGUGAUUUGGAUGAUUUAGGUAAUCUUCCUGAUUCUCUUACUCAUUUGGUAUUGGAUGGGAAUGAGAUCAAUUAUGCUAACAUAUCCAAUAUUCUUAAACCGAACUUGAAGAUAUUGUCGAUGAAUGCUACGGGGAUGAUGACUUUGGAGAAUAUUCAGUUCCCUAACAGUUUAGAGAAAUUGUCUUUGGUUCAUAACUUCAUUUCAGAAAUAUCUAAUGUGAAUUUUGGUGAUAAUUUGAAGGUAUUGGACUUAAGUUCUAAUAUUUUAACAUCAUUGAAAUGUAUUGAUGAGAAUAUAAUUAUCCCAGAUAACCUCCAUACGUUGAAUCUUGAAGCUAAUGCUUUUAAGAGUUUAUAUGAUUUUGAUUUACCCGAGAAUUUGAAAGAAUUGAAUGCUGGAGGUUUAGAUGUUGAUUUCUUAGAAGGUGAAGAUAUAGAGAACUUUCCUAAUAGUUUAGAAGUGAUCAAACUUUAUUAUAUGAUGGUGAGAAGGGGGGAGGAGAUGGAAUUGGAUUUGAGGGGGUUUAAACAUUUGAAGAGUUUUAGUUUUACUAGUCCUGAUGUGAAACAUUUGGAAUUGAAGAUAAAUGAUGGAGUGGUGGUAGAAGUGGAAUGUGAUUGUGAUAGUGAUUUGAAGGAAGAACCACUUCUAUGA